CAAGCAGUGUAAAAAAAAUCAUAUAUUAUUUGAUAUAAAAUAAGACUGUCUGACUGAAUUCUAUAGGAAAGAAAAUCUUCUGUUGGCUUGAUAGGUCUCGGCCAAAUGGUAAUACACAUUCACUAUCAUUGAUUCUAAUAUUAUCUUGCAUAGGGCUAUGGUAUGGCCAAAAACCUUGCUAUGAAAAGCACUGGUCCCGUAUACGUUUACGAUGUAAAUCAAGCAGCCAUUCAACGCGUUACCAACGAGUUUCCCAAUCUUAAGUUGGCUACAGACCCUGUUGAACUUGCAGAAAAGUCUUCUACUAUCAUCACGAUGUUGCCUGAAGGACAACAUGUUGAGCAUGUAUACGAUGAAAUCCUUUCAACCAUUGAACAGGAUGAUUUCUUGAUUGAUUCCAGUACGAUUGAUACGAGUGCUGCUCAGUCUUUGGCUAAGAAGGUACAGGAUAAAAAGGCACUUGCAUUUGAUGCACCCGUCAGUGGUGGUACAGUAGGAGCAGCCAAUGGUACCUUGACCUUCAUGGUGGGUGCACCUUCCAUAGACGCAUUUGAGAGAAUCAAGCCUGUCUUAUCGCUUAUGGGCAAAAAUACGAUUUACUGUGGUGAUAAUGGAGCAGGCCAAGUUGCUAAAGUAUGUAAUAAUAUGCUUUUGGCUGUUCAUAUGAUUGGUGUAUCAGAAGCAAUGAAACUAGGUGCACAGCUUGGCAUGGAUCCUAAACUGUUGGCUUCUGUCAUUAAUGUGUCUACGGGAAAAUGCUGGAGUUCUGAAGUAAGUAAUCCUUAUCCAGGUGUCAUUCCUACUGCUCCUGCUUCAAGAGAAUAUCAAGGUGGCUUCAGUAAUAAAUUAAUGGCCAAAGACCUUCGUGCUGCUAUGAAAGCUGCUCAAUCUUGUGAUUUUACUCCUGUGUUUGGUACAAAAGCAUCUGAGAUCUAUCAACAGCUUGCCACUAGUAAAGAGUUUGAUACUUUAGAUUUCUCAAGUGUCUUCAAGUGGAUGUCAUCAAACAAAUAAAAUAAAAUUAAAAAAAAAAAAGAUGGUUUUAUUCUCUAAAUAAAAAAC